AUGGAACUAUUCCAAAAGGCAAUUUCAGUUAAACUAAGCCACAACGACAAGUACCUGGUAGCAGAGGACGACCAAGAAUCUGUGUGCCAAGACCGCGACGGUUCAUCAAAAAUCAAUUCAAUUUGGGUGGUCGAGUUGGCCGACGGAGGGGAUUUCUUACGAUUCAAGAGCUGUCACGGAAAGUACCUCACCGCCUCUAAUGUCCCAUUCCUUCCCGGCUCGAGCGGUCGCAAGGUCCUCCAAACCAUUCCCAAAAAACAUGAUUGUUCCUCCAUCGAAUGGGAACCGAUUAGAGACGGUUUCUCGGUGCGAUUCAAGACGCGUUGCGGCCACUUCCUCCGCCCCAACGGCGGUCUUCCGCCGUGGAGAAACUCCGUGACUCACGACAUUCCUCACCGGAUGGGGACUCAAGAGAAGGUUCUGUGGGACAUUGAGAUUGUGGAGUCUCUUGGAAAAACAAACUCGCCGUUGCCAUCGCUGUCGCCGAAACCCCACCCUACUACGCUGGCCUUUCCGACUCAGAGGGAGCCGCCGAUCCUUGCACUUCCGCCGCUCAAAUUCAAGGUGAAGCAUUGGUUCGUUGCGUUUCCUCAUUCCUCGUCAUGA